AUGCACACAAAAUGCAAAGGACCAACGCAAAGUAGGUGGUCAGCCCUACAUGUGGAUAGAGGGGGGAAAGAGGGGGGGAAAGCAACUAAACCCACGCUCUUCCCAUGCGAGAUACGCGCUAUUCUCCGACUCAAGCCGACUCGCCUUCAUCCCGAUCGUUUCACAAAUAAAAACAACCAAUCUGCCAAUCGAGUUUCUUAUGUGACAAGGUGUUGCUACUGA